UUGAUUAGACUAUUUACCCAGAGCAAUUUAACACCCCCGGCCCUCAGACCUACUUAGACAGACAGGACUGUCACACACAAAUACGCACACAGACAGACACACACACACACAGCCACAACAUGUGAAAACAAUGAAAAUCACAAUCCCAACUCCCAAGGUGUGUGCGUUGAAGAUGUAGGCCAAUAGUUACAUGACAGUUAUAACGGAUUCUCCCAAAAGAGCCCAGCUUAGAAAUAAAGUGUGACAGCAAGUCACACAGCCAUGUGUGUGUCAGUGUGUAACUCGGUGUGUGGUGUAAGUCACGUAGGCCUGUAUGAUAUAAGCAUAAAACAUCCCUGUAUGAUCAUCAAACAACUCAAUCAAGAAGAGUUUGCAUAAUUUAAGGUCAUUCUUUGAAGCAGCAUAUACAGAAACUAACACAUACAGUUAUAAUAGGCUCCCCUGUCAUACUACGAGUUUAACUUCUCUGUACCUUUGAUGACACCACUAUGCAGCGCUUGACCCACUAUGAACCUGCGCAAAGUUGAGAUUCAGUGACUUCUUGGAUCUCGAACAUAUCAUCAUGACAUACAGUUGGUUAAUUGACAGCAGGAAAAUUGUGCAGUUGAGGAUUAAGUAUGGCCUAUAUUUAAAUGAAGAAAAUCCCAUAAAUUUACUAGGCGACUGCGUACUAAUGCCGAUCGUGUACAAAUCAGAGGGCUAUACUCCGGUGAAGACAGACAGCUAACUAUCUGACAACAUUUUGUAAUUCCCGCUGGCAAGUUUAGCAGAACUGCGAUGUUGCUAGCUGGCUAGCAGCUGCUGCAUGUGACACAAGUGAACCUGACGUUAUUGACCCAGUGUAAGUGGAUUUGAUACAAAAGGGGGUUUUUGGGCGCGAUUUUACUAGUAUUACGAAAUGUCUGAUGACAAUGCAACACAAGAUCUCCCGGAUCAGCCUACUGCUGAAGAGGUCAGUCUUGAGGCAACAGAGGACAGAGAUGAUGGCGAUCUGGACUUAACGCAGUCCACUGAAUCAGAUCACGUUGCGUUGGCGCACUCUGUCGGCGAGCAGCGGUGCUGCACGGAGUCGGCCGAGUGCCACUCCGUCUCUCCGCCACAAGACGUGCACGUUAUGGACGAGAAACUGCGUCCCAUCCAGGCUCAUCUGGAGUACCUGUUGAACAAGGCCGACGAGUACCAGGCCCAUCUCAUACAGAGGCGUGAUCGUCUCCAGAUUGAGGCUUUGUGUCGAGUGGUUCCCACCUUUCUGAAGAGCUGCCAUCCGUUCUUCAGCUACCUGGAGCACACAGCCAGGAGCUGCCUGCCUCACAGAGCCCUGCUACCAGGUUACAUACGCACACAGUUGCUGCAUUUCUCUCAACAGCUGUGCAGUCGUCUGGAGGAACUGAUUCUGACGUACGCAUCAUACAACUUCCUGACUCUGGAAGAGACCAAUCCCCUCAGCAUCUCUCACUUCUUCAUCGGUCACUGUCAGGUGAACCACAUCAAGCUGUCCAUCUUCCGCUACUGUCGCCCGCCCGCCCAGCAACUGCCCAUAGCGGGGAUAGAGGUCCAGGACGGAGGAGGAGGAGCAGGAGGGAGAGAGAGGAAGAACAACAGCACAGAGUACUACUUCCUGUGCUAUGAGGAGGUAAGGAGAGAGGAGGACGGGUCAGGAGAGGAGGAGGAGAGUCUGAGCGAGGGAGAGAGAGGAGAGGAGGAGGAGGAGGGAGAGCGAAGGGAGAGAAGGUCGGAGGUCAAGAUGUGGUCUAUUGGGCAGUGGGUCCAGACGUACCCCAACCCAGAGACCGACGACAUCUACGAGUGGAUCCCGUGCGGCAUUCCUCGAGCGCACUACCAGCAGCUGUUCCACCUGGGGCUCACUGAGCCGUCCGUCUGCAGCGCCACCGACUGCCUGCUGGGGGCGCUGCUGUCUUACGACAGCCAAUAAGAACACAGCGCCACUGCACACACACCCAAUGGGAACACAGCAUGACAACUAGAACAGCCAAUCAGCACAGCGUCAUGGCGACAACCACCAAUGGCUAAUAAGACUCAUAUGGCUAUAAUGGCUGUUGUUAAUGGUGUGUUAAGGAUGUGGUUAGGCAUGUUAAAGAUAUGUUUAAAUGUGUUAAGGAUGUGUAUGGGCAUGCCAAAGUAUGUUUAGGUAUGUUAAGGAUGUGUUUAUGGUCCAGGGGACACACACUCUGUUCUUGAGUGCCGUGGGGGGGGCUCAGUUCACACAGGGAAGUAGGCCAGAGUGAGCAGACCGCCCCAGGGAACCUGCUGCUGGGAUUGGAGCAGAAUCCUGCAGGGAGUUCUGAUUCCACAGUUCCAUUGUUCAGUCUCAGGGAAAUCUAGAACAGUGGAGUUAUUAGGUGUUCAGUGACCCAAGAGGGCCACACAUGAGCUAGUUUCUUGUUCACACUUUAUGCUCAUAAGCUGCUCUCGUUUCAUUGUUGUGCUUUGCACGUGUUGUUGGUAAUGUUUAGAGAGGCGUACACAGUCUGUAUGAAUCAAACAGGUUCUUUUUUACUGCACCAUGCCGUAGUAUUCCUUAGAUAUUUUAAUAUAUGUAUAUACACACACAUACAUACAUAUACACUUCUCAGUGGGACCAGUCCAUUGAUUGAUGAAUGAUUUGAAGUUGUGUGUCCAUGUCAAAGUGCUGGUUUCAUUGUAAUCGUGUGUGUGUGUGUGUUCCAUUGAUUAAUGGAUGUAGUGGAGUUCACAUUAAAGCACUGGUUUCAUGGUGAUCUUUGGGUUGUGCACGGGUUCACUACUACAACUGAAUAAAUGGGUUUCCCCUCAGAAGUGCUG